AUGACGUCAGACGCCAAGGGGGAGGAGCCAACCCUCGUGCAGCCGCGCCAUCGCUUCUCUUUGUGCAGCCUUGCACAACCGACGAACCUGUCAGCCAGACAAACGUCCAGAUCACUUUUAUUAUCGAUCUACGGAGAGGCGCGUCCUGUAGGAACCACAAGACCAAAGAUAGAUGAGAACCAGAGUCACCUGACCGAGAGGAUAUUAAAUCUCACCCUGGAGGUCAUCUACCUGGUAACUGGAGAGGAUUAUGAAGUAGUGAAGAAGACUUCAGGUGAGCCAUGGACAACUACAAGCCAUCACUAUGUAGCACCUGCAAUCACAGAAUCUCCCCAUCCUCACUCUUUGAAGACUGAGGGUAUCAGCUUCAAGAAGAUUGUGGAGGUCGCCAACAAGAUGAUUGAGCUGCUGACAGGAGAGGAUGAAGAACUGAAAGACAUGAAAGUGGAGAUUACAGAGGAAGACGAAGAAGAUACAUUUGUGAAGGGCGUUCAGCAGUCUAUGGAGGAGGAUGGGAUAAUGGUGACAAUUAAUGAAGAGGAAUCUGCUCUAGAUGACAGCACAGAUGAACACGAUGGUUGGGAUGCCGGCGUAGAGGAAGAUCUUUUUUCACCAAUGGCUUAUAAUGUAGAAGAUAAUAUCCAACAAUAUUCCCAGAACAAUCCCGUUACUGAGCAUUUGCAUUCCAUACCUCACUUUUAUGAUAGAUCUACAGAUCUUUGUGAUCCAGUUGAAUCUUCUCAUACAUCACAUGCUGUUACUUCUGAUAUCAAUCUACAAUUGUACAGUGCGGACAGAUCAGAGGAUCUAUCCAAUCCUGAGGGAUCCUCUAUGGAUAAACCAGAUGCUUCUGGUCAUAGAGGUGGCGAGACCUUUCCACGCCCUCAGUCCAAGAAAAGUUCCAAAAAGAAUACAGAUCUUUUUGUAUGUCAGAGAGCACCCCGAGGGUCCGGGGGGCAGUUGUUUCCAUGUCUGGAGUGCGGAAAAUGCUUUAAAUGGAGAUCACAUCUUGCUAGACAUCAAGGGUUCCACGCUGGAGUGCGACCGUAUUCUUGCUCGGAAUGCACCAAGUGUUUUCAAUCGAAGUGGCAUCUAACCUUACAUCAGAGGAUGCACACAGGGGAACGUCCGUAUUCAUGUUCAGAGUGUGGGAAAAGUUUCAUAUCGACUUCUGAUCUCGUCAAGCAUCAAAGACACCACACCGGGGUUCGGCCCUACUCCUGUACAGAGUGUGAGAAAUCUUUUACAAUCAAAUGGGACCUCGUUAAGCAUCAGCGACUUCACACUGGCGUCCGGCCUUAUACCUGCUCAGAGUGUGGGAUGGCCUUUAAAGACAAUUCGGACCGUAUCAAGCACCUAAGAAACCACACUGGCGAGAGGCCCUAUUUGUGCUUAGAGUGCGGCCAGCGUUUUAAGCUGUCCACCCACUUGCGCAGACACAUUCGGGUGCACACGGGUGAGACUCCGUUCUCCUGCUCAGAAUGCGGGAAAUGUUUUCCUGCGAAGAAUUCCCUCAACAGACACCGGCAACUCCACACGGGCGAAAAGCUGUUCAUGUGUACAGAGUGCGGUAAAGCUUUUAGGCAGAAGAACGGGCUCAUCGCACACCAGCGGACCCACACUGGUGAAAUGCCGUUUAAGUGCACGGACUGCGAGAAAGGUUUCACGCAGAAAGACAAACUGGCCAAACACCAGAGGACCCAUGUUUUCCUGUCCAGAGUGCGGGAAAUGCUUCACCCAGAAAUUCUGCCCAGUCCGACAUCUCAAAACUCACCAAAGUGA